AUGACGAGUUUGACAACAGAUGUCAAAUUGGUAAGACACAAAGACAAGAGUACUACCACGUUUCAUGUUCUCCUUUCAUGCACAUUCCACAGCUGUAGGCCUGUAGCUGUCUCAACUCUGAUACUCUCCUUAUUCGAACAAAGACUCUGCUACUCUUCCAUGACCGUCUUAUCUCUACUAGCUACCCCUCGAUCUCUUUCUCACUCGCAGCAAUUUACGGUUAUGGAAUCACCAACUUUUGACCCUUAUGCUUAUGAAGAUGAAGAAGACGAGUUCGAAGACGAGUCGUCGUAUCUGAUACCAAAGCCAUCAGAUUGGUUUCCAAAGCUAGUCUCGUUACAAGCUGAUUUGAUUUACAACUCCAUCUUGUUUUUGUUACGCCCCAUAUUCACCCUCUUCUCUCUCGCCUACGAGUCUUACCGCCAAGCCGAGAAGGCCAAGGUGACCGUUGAGUCCGCCGUCCAAAGUGCCCCCUCCACCAUCACACACGGCGCAGUCGUCCUCGUCAAGAAGCUCGGCUUCGGGGUUCUCGGGGCUGCCUAUGUCUGCAUGGUGUUGAUAAUGCUUCUGAUGCUGGGCACUAUUGCGGGAGUUGCUUUGGUGCGAUUCUGGCUGGAGGAGCCUGUGGUUGUUAGGGAGAGAUUGCACUUUGAUUACACCAAAGCUCACCCCAAAGCUGUGUUUGUGUUUGGAGGAUCAGGAUCAUUACAAGGAUUAGCUGCUGGGAGUGGUAUCAACUACUUCAAGACUAUUAGCAGCAACAAGCGUAUGCCUUUAGGGGUUCCAGUUGGACAUACUUACACUGUCUCUCUCGAGCUUUUGAUGCCGGAAUCUGAUUAUAAUAGGGCCACAGGGAUGUUUCAGAUGACUGCAGAAGUAUUAUCAGCCAAUGGUGAUGUGAUUGCAAAGUCAAGCCGGCCAUGUAUGCUACGAUUUAGAAGCCUCCCGAUUCGACUGACAAGAACAUUUCUUAUGGGUGUACCUCUGGUACUAGGCAUUUCUGGAGAAACACAGAAGAUGACAGUACAAAUACUGAGGCACAAGGAAGUCACUUAUCCAAGAACCCGAGCAAUAAGAAUAACAUUAAGCCCAAGAGCCAGUACCACAUAUCUUCCGCAGUUGUAUGAGGCUGAAAUUGCCCUGAAUUCACAGCUGCCUUGGACUAAGCAAUUGAUGCACGGUUGGAAAUGGACGCUCUAUGUCUGGGCUUCUUUCUAUUGUUACAUUAUGUUCCUGAUAACUUAUAUAACAUGUUGUAGACCACUCUUUCAUUAUCGAUCAACUACUGAUCAUGUUCAAAGAGAUAGAGGGGCAAGAGCUGAAGUACGUCGGCAAAGACCCCUUCGUGUGCCUAAAGAGACCGCAACGACUAGGAGUAAAGAAGAUUCUGAUCAAAGUGAGGAUAUUUCAGAGUUGAUGAGAAAGUGGCAGCGGAGCCGAGCCAAGAGGAAGGCAAUCUAUCUGCAAACAGAUUGGCCAACUGAGACUAUAGGCACCUCAUCUGCACCAUCAACUAUUAGUAUGAGUACUAGAGAAGAUGAAAGUACUGUAGCUGCUGAAGAAGAUGUUGGGGACUCGGAAUCAGUGUGUACUAGUUAG